AUGGCAUAUCACCCACCUCUAAAGGACAAACAGUCGCCCGUUGUGAUUGUUGGGGCAGGUGUCUUCGGCCUCAGCAGUGCCAUCCAUCUAGCCAAGAGAGGAUUCACAGAUAUCACUGUCUUUGACCGACAGCCAUACCAUGAGACCCUAUACGACUUCGACAAAGGCUGCGAUGCUGCCUCGGCAGACUGCAACAAGAUCAUCCGUGCUGCAUACGGCGACGAGGUCUGGUACCAGAAUCUGACCUUCAAGGCGAUCGAGGUCUGGGAAUCAUGGAACAAAUCUCUCGCAGAAGAAACCAUAUUGCCGCCCGGGAUGACAAGCAAAGAUCGCAUCUAUGUCAACUGUGGCAAUUAUCAUUUCGGGGACGAAACCGAUGGUCUUAAUGACUUCGAAAAGCUCUCCGUGAACAACAUUACAAAGGCUGGUAAAGGCCCUACACAGUACCUACUGUAUUUUGAUUCAAAGGAGGUGGCACGCGCCAGGGCGGAUGGAUUUAGCUACGCGGUGGAUCCUUUCAACCUCUCCAAAGAUGGAAAGCAUCAAGGUUAUUUGGACAUGAUCGGUGGAUUUGUGUAUGCCGACAAAGCUUGCACUUAUGCACUCCAUCUAGUAAAGAAGCUAGGUGUAAAAUUGGUCCUAGAUAGAGGGGCGGGUAGCUUUGAGAGCUUCCUAGAAGAUCCGACAGGCAAGGUGGUAGGCAUCAAGACUGCGGACGGCAAACAUCACAAGGCCGCCGCGACGGUCGUCGCGUGUGGAGGCUGGACCCCCAGUCUGAUCCCCGAGAUCGAUGGCCUCUGUGAGACCACAGCUGGAUCCAUCGCCAUGAUCCAGAUUCCGGAAGGAUCUCCCCUUCGGGAACGGUUCUCGCCGGACAACUUUCCUGUGUUUCAGUGGAAUACGCGGGCCGGGGAGAAUGGCAAUCUAUAUGGUUUUCCGCUGGAUAGUCGCGGCGUGAUGAAGAUCGGGUACAGAGGAACAAAGUAUACGAAUCCACAACGAGUCCAAUCGGGCCAAGUGCGCAGUAUACCGAUUACGAAGUGGACGUCACCGUUCAUUACCGGAUUGCCAGAGAAGUCCGUCCAGGUCGUUCAGCGCUUUUUGGACAAGUAUCUCCCCGAAUUGAAGCAGAGUGGGAUCGGAAUCUCGCAAACCAGACUGUGCUGGUACACGGACUCGUUUGAUAACCAUUGGGUGAUUGAUGGCAUCCCAGGCAAGGAAGGGGUCAUUGUAGCCACAGGUGGCAGCGGCCACGCUUUCAAGUUCCUACCCUUACUUGGCGAGUUCGUCGCCGACAAGGUGAUGGGAAUCGAGUCCGACAUGCUGCGCAGGUUCCAAUGGCGGAAACCGCCGCAUGGAGAAACGCCUCGUAACCAGCUCAUGAAGGGUUUCAAUGAUGCGAAUGCUCUCCACCGAGUGCGGAUGGUGCCUGACGACGGCAGCCACUAUAGUUCGAAACUCUAG